UCUCGAGGCUGGUUCUAGAAACAAAUAAAGCUGAUGCGUCCUAGCUCACUCUGAAGUAUGGUGUUGGUGCAAUUAUCACAGGUUUUAAGCUGAUUAUCACUGAAACAAAAAGGGAGAGAGAAGUUCAUGUCGCACCUUCGCCUACCGAACGCAAGGCAGGUUGAGGACGUUUAACUUUAUUAUCUCUUAAUAAUGCAUUUUAAUAUAUAUUCUGUACAAGAGUCUGAAUGUCUCUGAAUGCAACCACUCUCUGUAUUAAAGUACAAUCCUGUAUAUUUGACAUUCUAUACCUAAAAACCUCGCUAUAUUAAAGUACAAGCUCCCAUAUUUGGUAAUUUAUAGAAAAAAAAAAAACUGUAUUAAAGUACAACCCUGUAUAUUUGACAUUCUACAUCUAAAAUCUCUCAGUACUAAAGUAAAAGCUCGUAUAUUUGACGAUUGAUAUAGAAAAUCUCUCUAGAUAAAAGUACAAGUUCGUAUAUUUGACGUUUUAUUUAAAACAAAUCUCAAUAUUAAAGUACAAGUUCUUAUUUUUGACAAUUUAUAACUAACAAAAACAACAAGAACUGUGGCUCUCGCUUGAGCUUCGACCCGAAACCUUCGGCCGCAGGAAUGGCCUUCGUCUGGAGCCCCGGCCUUACCAAGUCCCUGCUGGAGAAGAUCAGGGCCCGGGAGGUGCUGUGGGACACCAGCCACCGCUUCUUCACCAAAAAGAACCUGAGGAGGAGCUGCUUCGACCAAGUGUGCCUGGAGCUGAAGUCCGAGCACGAGCACCUCCAUGCACUCACUACAGAUGAUGUUGUCCAGAGAUUCCAGUAUCUUCGAGGCCACUUUCAAAAGUUAUUGAGGAAAAUAAAGAAUUCACCAAAUGGUUCAGGAGGCCAAACACCAGCUAAAUGGGAGUUUUUCAAUUCCUGUUUAUUCAUGCAACCGAUCUACGAUAAUGGUCAAAGUCAAUCAAGUUUUACACACUCGGAUGACUUGAUGGAAAUGCCCUGUAAUGGAGUAGUUGUAUAUGAAGGCUUACUGGAGAAAGACAUGACAGGCAAUGAAGACAGGACGUUGUCGUCCCCUUCAUCGUCAUUGUCAUCUCCCUCACCUCUACCUGAUCUCCCUGAAGAUAGUAAAGCAACAGCAUUCCAUAAACCCUCGGUAUCGUCCACUCCUUCGCCCCUGCCCGAUCUUCCAGAAACCCUGCCAGAGACAAGAAAUUUAAAGAGAAAAAGGACUUGGGAGGAGAUGGAGGAAAACUUAAUGGAAUCCAUCAACUGCGUGAAGGAGGCCUGGUCGUCACAGGGUCAGAGUCAGGUGCAGAGAAAGCCAUUCCGUUAUGAUAUGGCCACAGAGGCUGUGAUGUCCUGUGUGGAUUUCCUCUCUCCUUAUAAGGAUCUCAAAAUGGAAUUUAUAGUGGAAGUAAUGUCUCUUGUUAAUAAGACAGUACAAAAAGUUCAAGAAAGAGAGAGCAGAUAUCUCCAUAAGAAUAAUUGAGUCCUUUGAGCUAGUUGUAACUUUUGUUGUUUUGUGCGGAUACUGUGAUAUUUGAUUAAUAUAUUAGAUAUAUUCAGAAUGAAAUAAGAGAUUUCUGAGCAUAGAUUUUGUAUAAAGAUAUUUUCUCCCUUGCGCGCAUGUGCACCCACACACACACACACACACACACACACACACACACACACACACACACACACACACACACACACACACACACACACACACACACACACACACACACACACUCUCAGACUCACAC